AUGGGUUCUAUUAUUGACGACGACGUUCCAGAACUGGAGCAGGGCCUUCUUCAGGAUGAAAGGAACAAACAAUACACAGGAGAUGGUUCGGUUGAUUUUAGAGGGAAGCCUGCUAUUAAGCAUGACACUGGCAAUUGGAGAGCUUGUCCAUUUAUUCUAGGCAAUGAAUGUUGCGAACGUCUAGCUUUCUUUGGCAUUUCAACAAACCUUGUUACCUAUCUUACCACCAAACUACAUGAAGGAAACGUCUCUGCCGCGAGAAAUGUCGGGUUCUGGCAAGGAACUUGUUAUCUUACACCUCUCGUUGGAGCUGUUCUCGCAGAUGGUUACUGGGGACGAUACUGGACAAUUGCUAUUUUCUCUAUGAUUUAUUUCCUUGGGAUGUCUAUCUUGACUAUUUCUGCAUCUCUUCCAUCAUUGAAGCCAGCUGAGUGUUUGGGUUCGGUAUGUCCUCCGGCUAGUCCUCUGCAAUAUUAUCUGCUCUAUUUUGGUCUCUAUGUAAUUGCACUUGGGACUGGUGGUGUAAAAGCAUGUGUGUCAUCUUUUGGGGCAGAUCAGUUUGAUGACACUGAUUCCAAAGAAAGGGCCAGGAAGGCUUCCUUUUUCAACUGGUUUCAAAAACCAAGGGGUAGUCCUGUUACAAGAAUGUGCCAGGUUGUGUUAGCAUCUGUCCGAAAGCGGAAGUUGGUUGUGCCGGAGGAUAGUAGUCUUCUAUAUGAGAUGCCUGACAAGAAAUCAGGAGUUGAAGGAAGCCGCAAACUGUUGCAUCGUGAUGAUCUGAGGUAUUUUGAUAGAGCAGCUGUAGUGUCUGAUUCAGAGAACAGAAGUGGGGACUACUCUAAUCCAUGGAGGCUUUGCACUGUUUCACAGAUGUCAACAUUGUUUGUGGAGCAAGGAACUAUGAUGGAUACAAAUGUUAGUUCUUUCAAAUUAUCCCCAGCUUCCCUCUCAACCUUCGAUGUGGCAAGUGUUAUUUUUUGGGUCCCUGUCUAUGACAGGAUACUUGUUCCUAUUGCAAGGAAAAUUACAGGCAAGAAAAGGGGCAUUUCCGUGUUUCAAAGAAUGGGAAUUGGCCUCUUUAUUUCUGGGCUGUGUAUGUUGUCAGCUGCAAUUGUGGAGAUUAAGCGCCUCCAGCUUGCAAGAAAGCUUGACCUUGUUGAUAAACCUGUUGCCAUACCCCUUAGUGUAUUAUGGCAAAUACCUCAAUAUUUCUUAUUAGGCGCAUCAGAGGUAUUCACAUUCAUUGGGCAGGUUGAGUUCUUCUAUGACGAAUCACCAGAUGCUAUGCGGAGUUUAUGUAGCGCACUGCCACUCCUGAGUUUUUCAUUUGGGAAUUACUUGAGCUCUUUCAUGCUUACCAUAGUAACUUAUUUCACUACACGAGGUGGAAAGCUUGGAUGGAUUCCUGAUAACCUGAACAAGGGACAUCUUGAUUACUUUUUUCUGCUUUUAUCUGGACUUAGCUUAUUAAAUAUGUUGGCGUACAUAAUUGCUGCCAAAAUGUACAAGCAGAAGAAGAUGUCUGAAAAAUUUUCAAGCACUUGUUGCUCAUAG